CAAAAGGGAAAAAGGGACCAUUAAACACUCUUGUAGUUCCGGUUUUCCUUGUCUUUAUUGUAACUAAAUUGUCGCUCGUUUUAUUAUCUCGCCAAAGUCAUUCGCUUUUGAACAUGAUCUCGUCAUCUUUUCUUUCUGGCGCGUUGGCGGUUUUGGCCAUCCACAGCGUUAAUGCUGGGCCAUGCCGUCCAUCAUCUGUCUCGACCACCGAGACACUGACCACGAUUGAGUCCACUGCCACCGAGAGCUCUGUGUCAAGCAGCCCAGAGACCACACUUCCUCUGUCCACCACCGCUGAGCUUUCUGUCAUUGCAACACAAACGACAACUAUUUCUGAUGUUGUCUCAUCGUCUGAGACUUUUGCCGAUGGCACUACGACUACCCAAGCUGUUGAAGACACCACCACAACAGCAUUCGUGACUACAUCCGCCACUGGGCUUUCUGUCACUACAACUGAAGCGACUACUGUUUCUGGGGAUAUCUCAUCCUCUGUGACUCUGGGCGAUGACACCACGACCUUGCUUGCGAUCACCACAACUACUCAGGCUGUUCAAGACACUACCACGACAGCCCCAGCUACGACAACCACCACUGCAGCUGCUGAGCCGGGCGAGUGCACUUUUAACGUCGAAUGCGAGGCUCUCAACGGCGGGGCCAACCCCAUCUGUGAUGCCGGCACUUGCGUUCCUGACAACAGCCAGCCCGAUCCGUGCACCGAUGACAGCGACUGUACUACCCCCGGCGAAACGUGCUCGAUCUCUGGUUUCUGCCAUGUCGCUUCAGAGGAGCCAGACUUUUGCGGUGACGGAAACGACUGCCUCUUAUCUGUCAAGCCUAUUUGUGUUCUAGGACUCUGCGAGUGCUCCGAAUUGACACAUCAAUGCGCACCACGAUCUGACCUGCAACUCUGUCAGUCAAAUGCCGGGUGUUCAGCUGGCGCUACUUGUCAGCGGGGUAUCUGUGUCGAUCAGGUUGGAUGCAUUGGCCCUGACAGUUGUCUAGCCAAUUUAGAUCUAUGCGUUCUUCCUGGCGUUUGUGUCUGCCGGAAUGGUGUAUGUGCCCUCGAUGGUUAA